UUCGCAAAGUUGAAAAUUUGUUAUUGAUUAGUGGGGAUAACGCGUCAGCAACUACAUCUGGAGAUAAAAGCGGGAGUAAUGUAAAGCAAAUUGAGCGAGUGGCCAUUGAGUAUAAUCAGAUGCAAUACCUGGUUAACAGGGGAAAAGAUUUACCCUUCGUGGAAAAUAUCGAUUGGCGCAUCACUAGAAUCAAAGAUACACUUCGCAUUAAUUUAUCAUCCGCUCUUCGUCUAGCUUUGUUAACAAUAAAAGAUCAGUCAAGCACG